GGGACGCCGUCCAGGAGGAACCUGUCAUGAUCCGGAUCCACUAUGAACGACCGGGUGUCUGCCUGCAAAGGGAAAGCAGCAAAAUCUGCAGUGAGGCUCAGCGUCUGCCAAGAGCAGAGCAGAUGGAACUUCCCUUGCCGAUUGUUUUGUUGUUGACUUUUUCUCAUCUGCCUGAUCUGAUCCCACCCUACCCCUCCCAGCCGGCCGGUUCCACCCUCUUAUCUUACCUGGGGCAGCAGCAGUGUCAAGAGCGGCAGCAGCAGUGUCAAGAGCGACAGCAGAAAGGACGGAAGGAGGGGCAGCUUCUCAGGAGCCAUGGCGCUUACUGGGCUCCUCUAGUCUGAGACGGCCGUCCGACCAUCACGUGUUGGAUUCCUGGGAGGGAACCUCAGCGAGCAAGGGGGCGGAGACCACCUCAAGUUGCCAGGCGGUUAGCCUGGACUUUGUCUCCAGCCUACAGCCACCCGCUACUCUAUUAGUUUGUAAAAUCCUCUACGUCUUGCUACUCAAAGUGCAGUUCACGAACCAGCUUCAUCAGCAUCUCCUGGGAGCUUGUUAGAAAUGCAGAAUCUCAAAUCCUACCUCAGACCUAUAAAAUCAGAAUUUGUAUUUUAACAAGAUACCCAGACGAUCCUAAGCACAUUCAAGAUUGAGAAGCACUGCUCUCCUAGACUGAGCUCCCUGAGGGCAGGGAGUGCCUUGUCCAUCUUGAGCACAGGGCCUGGCACAUAGCAGGUUAAAUCUAGGUGAAUGAAUGUCAGAACCAAGGGGCAAAAAUAGGUUCAGAACUAAGGGAAACCACCGGAAAAUCUUCAUGGUGAUUGGGGGUGUCGAAAGGAGAACCAGGUUACAAGACGGACCUUUUUCCUGGAGAGCCCUGUUUCAGCAAAAGAGCCCAUCCUGACCACCUGACCAUUCCAUCUUUUUUGGAAGUGCACCCCUCUCCAACUUAUCCCUGCCUGCCUAGGCAAGAGAUGUCAAGGACAAGUGCUUGGUGCCAAGGCUUUGGGAAUUUGUGAACUUCCAUUUCUCCUGCCUUCACAGUCCCAAGCUUGGGAUAUGAGGAUCAGGGUAAUAAUAAUGAUUAUUAUUACUGUUUAUUGACACUUACUGAGGGCUACGUGUCAGAUAUUGUGCUAAGCACUUUACAUCUCAUUUCAUCUUCAAACAACUCCAUGAAGUAGACAAUUAUCAUUCCCAUUUUACAGAUGAGGAAACUGAAGGACAGAAACAUUUAGUAGCCUGUCCAAGGUCAGACGACUACUUUAGUAGAGCUGGGACUUGAACUAGUAAGUCUGGCCUCACGCUUAAUGCAUUUAGCCUUAGGUGCUAUUAUACCUAUUUUACAGCUAUGAAAAGUGAGGAUAAGAGAGGUUAAGUAACUUGCCCAGGUCACACAGCUACUAGGCUCUCAAGACCGGAUUUAGAAACUAGCAGUCUGGUUCAAGAGCCUGAGCUCUUAAUCACUGAGACUAGGGGUAGGGGGAUACAGGCCAGAGCCCGGAAGAUUGUUAGGGAUAAGAGCUCCAGGAGUCCAGGCCUCCAGCACCCGCCCCUCCCUGGAAUCCCCUCGGAGAUGGACUGUAGUCAGCCGCUUUCUGGCCCCAGCGCGCCAGCGGUAUGAGGCCUCCUACCUCCGACAUUGGGAGAUGGAGGUCCUGGGGGCCUCGGGCCGGCGCUGGCUUUUCUCCCCUUUGGCGCAGGUGCCUGCGUCUUGACCUCUACUGAAGGCCAAGUAGGGAACCCUCACCCGGGUCCUGGGACCCGUCCACCCCCAGGCCUAGCCCGUCCCCGGCCUCUCUGCUCUGCGCCCCCACAUCGUCAGGGUGCCCAGCGGUUGCUAGGACACCGCGGGCCGUUACGCCGGCGCUGACUGAUGACGUAAGCACCGCUUCCGGUCUCUGGCGCUUCGCUCCCGCCUGAGCCAGCAUGCUCCGCUGGGCCUCCAGCACAUCACCUGAAGAGCCCACUUACCCUGGACGAACCCUUUGGCAGCCUCAGACCACCCUUGAGGAGGAUGACUGAGACAUUAUGGGCCACGCACUGUGUGUCUGCUCUCGGGGAACUGUCAUCAUUGACAAUAAGCGCUACCUCUUCAUCCAGAAACUGGGGGAGGGUGGGUUCAGCUAUGUGGACCUAGUGGAGGGGUUACAUGAUGGACAAUUCUACGCCCUGAAGCGAAUCCUGUGUCACGAGCAGCAGGACCAGGAGGAGGCCCAGCGAGAAGCGGACAUGCAUCGCCUCUUCCAUCACCCCAACAUCCUUCGCCUCAUGGCUUACUGUCUGAAGGAGCGGGGUGCUAAGCAUGAGGCCUGGCUGCUGCUACCUUUCUUCAAGAGAGGUACGCUAUGGAACGAGAUAGAAAGGCUGAAGGACAAAGGCAACUUCUUGACUGAGGACCAAAUCCUUCGGCUGCUGCUGGGUAUCUGCAGAGGCCUGGAGGCCAUUCAUGCCAAGGGUUAUGCCCACAGGGACCUGAAGCCCACCAAUAUCUUGCUUGGAGAUGAGGGGCAGCCAGUUUUAAUGGACUUGGGUUCCAUGAAUCAAGCAUGCAUCCAUGUGGAGAGCUCCCGCCAGGCCCUGACCCUGCAGGACUGGGCGGCCCAGCGGUGCACCAUCUCCUACCGAGCCCCAGAGCUCUUCUCUGUGCAGAGUCACUGUGUCAUCGAUGAGCGGACUGAUGUCUGGUCCCUAGGCUGCGUGCUGUAUGCCAUGAUGUUUGGGGAAGGCCCUUAUGACUUGGUGUUCCAGAAGGGUGACAGUGUGGCCCUUGCUGUGCAGAACCAACUCAGCAUCCCGCAAAGCCCCAGGCAUUCUUCAGCAGUACGGCAGCUGCUGGCCUCGAUGAUGACUGUGGACCCCCAGCAGCGCCCUCACAUUCCUGUCCUCCUCAGCCAAUUGGAGGCACUGCAGCCCCCAGCUCCUGGCCAGCACACUACCCAAAUCUGAACAAACCAGUGGCUGCAUUGAGAAGGUGGCCCCUUGUGCCUUGGAAAGAGGCACCCAAUCCUCAUUGGAAGCUCCAUCCAUUCUAUCCAGGACUGCUCUCUAACAGAUGGGGGCAGGUGGGUGGGGACCUCUUUGCUCUCUGAUCCCCAAGAGCAACACCUGGGUAAGGGGCCUGACUGAGUAGGUCAGGGUGGGGGUUGGGAAAAGGGAACUGACAGAAUAUGGUCCAUGGCUCUGAGCAGGACUGCUGAGCUCACAUCAUGUUCUGCCUCCAAAUCCAGGAGCAGGAGAAUGUGUAAACAAGAAUAAAGUGGAAGCAGGUUGGUGUAGA